GUAUUGUUGCUAUAGCGACGGGUAACAAGAUGGCUGCCGCUGUAGCCAAAAGACGAAAAGAGCAAAGCGAGACGAAAGAGCCAACCUCUCUCCUUGACUCACACAAAGAGAUCAUUUAUCCACUGGACUAUUCGUUUAAGGCAGUAUCAGUUUUCUCUGAUAUACUGAAGGAGAAGUCAAGAUCAAGAGACAGCAAAGCAGUGUAUGAUUUAGCAGAUGAUGAUGAAGCCAGUCCACUGGAGGCAGUUAAAGCUACUGCUUUGAGAGUUAAUAAUAACAUGCUGGCCAGUUGGGAAGGAUUUAUUGAAACACUGGAUCAAAUGAUAAUUGAACCACAUCAACACUUACAAUGGCUUGAUCUGUCAUUCAAUGACUUAAAAACAAUCGAUGAGGCACUCCUCCAACUCCCAAACUUAACAAUGAUAUAUCUACAUGGUAAUAACAUUAAAAGACUUAAAGAGGUGGAUAAACUUGUAGCACUAACAAGACUUAAAUCUCUAAGUCUUCAUGGGAACCCAAUAGAAUCAGUUUCCGGCUACAGGCAGUACAUUGUGACUCACAUACCACAGCUGCAGACUGUGGACUUCAGUGGAGUGACUAAAGCUGACAGGAAGGUCUCUGAUGUCUGGGUGAAGAUGAUGAUUGGGAAGGACUCAAAGGAAACAAAGAAACCAAAAAUGACAAUGGAAUAGCAAAUUAGAAAUAACAUUAGACUAUAGAUCCACAUGUAUGCAUGUACAGUACUUAAGUGUAGUAAUUAUUAUUGUUUUCCUGAAUAUAUUUUUGUUUAGAUAAUCAUAAUGUUUUUGCUCUCC